AUUAUUAUUAUUUAUUAUUAUCAAUAUUAUAUAUAUAUUUUUUAUCAUUAAACUACCACCCCUCUCUUUUUAUAUACAUAUAUUCAUUUAUAUCUUUUUGUACAGUAUGCUUGCUCAUGAUCAAACACCACCACCAAAGGCUGUCAACAUUAUACGUCCUUCAUCUCCAUUAUUUCACUAUUUGAAGAAACGUUCUUCUCCACCUUUAAACCAACAAUAUCAAUAUCAACAAAUACAACAAAUACAACAACAACAACAACAAUCAAGUCAAAUAAUAGGAACAUCACAUUCAACUUCAACUACUUCUUCUUCUUCACCAUCUACACUUUCUACCUUAUCAGGUGGCUCGGGUACCAACGGUAAUAGAGUGUCUCCCACUAUUCUCAACUCUUCUUCCUUCGGGUUCAGCUUUUUUCAAGCUCAACAAAAUUCAACCACCACCACUUCUCCUCCUACUUGGUUCAAGUCAAACUCCCCUAUUCCUUCACAACCAUCAUCUCCUCCUCGACAACAUUAUUCACCACAAGUAAAUAAUCCUUUACCAACAACUGGUUUUAUGAACUCUUUUUCUCCUCGCUUCUUUCGUGUACGACAAUCCUCUAUAGACGACAAUAACAGCAGUUUCUUUUUACGAAGACAAUCAUCCAUGUCGGAAAUUCAACAAGACGACGAAGAUUCAUCAGCUGACGAAGAUUAUGACAGUAUUGAUGGUAAUACCGACCCUGAACAAAUCAGUGAUAUAGAAGAUGGCAACGAUCAAGAUGAACAAUUGGAUUACAAUGAAGAAGAAGAUUUACCUAUCAAAGUGGUUGCAAAAGUCAAAAAUGGAACUAUUUUGAAUGGAAAAGGUGAAUUUGUUAACAAAGGUGCUGAUGAUCGUGUUUCUUGGUUGGAUGAAGCUAGAGCAGGUCGAAAGAUCGCUGAUUUGGAAAUCGAAAACUCUUCAUUAUUGGCACUUAAUUCAACAUUAGAAGCCAAGGUUCAUCAACAAGCUGCUAGGAUUGCGAAAUUGGAAAAACAACUACAAAUGAACGAAUGGCCACUUUCUCCAGUUUCAGAUAAGGAUAUGGACGAGGACCAGCCAUGUUUUGAAAAAUUGAUAUCGUCUGAAUUGCUAACAGAAGAUGAAAUUGCCAAUGAUCAUGUAUUUCAAAAACUACGGUCUAUGUUACUGGGACUUAUUGAACAGGCUGAAGAAGCUGUACGACAAAAAACAAAAUCGACUGGACGCGUAUUGGUACAGUAUGAUGAUGAAGAAUCAGUACAAGAAAAUAUCAUCACUUUGGAUGCUCCUCCUACCAUAUUGAAACCUUCCACUCGGGUUACACCUUAUUCAAAUCAACAACGAAAUCAAUUACAAUCAUCAACUACACAAAAACGACGACCUUUACGACGUGUGUCAGAUGCUCAGGAAACUAGAAAGCCAAAUAGCAUCACUGCCACUACUGCUUCUGUUGCUGCCCGAAAACGAUCACCCAUGCAACGUUCUCUAUCUCGUGCGUCAUCACCAGCUGUACUUGUAACCACCGAUAAUAACGACGUGUCACCUCAUCAAUUACGACCUACAUCACCAAGACCAUUUAGCCCGCCAAUGCAACGUACUUCAACGAAAUCUCGACCUUCUCAUCUACGAAAAAGUCAAGAUUUGGAUACACCAAGAUGGAAUUACUAAUCGUACCUCUUGUAUCCCUAUUUAUAUAUGAAUCCCUCCUUUUUUUUUUUUUUUUUUU